CAGAGUAACGAUGUAUGCCAGGGUGUUCCUGAUUGGAGCUGUUUGUUUCUACAAUCAGGUAAAGAUACUCCUUAGUUAUGAGUUAAAUAGAUUAAAGCCUAUUUUUACAAAAACGUACAGACUUUUAUGGUAAAGGGACUUACUCUGAUAACUGACUACUUUGUAAUUGCAGGUCUUUGCAGCAGGUGAGUUCCCUGGUUUGAUGUCUUGAUACUUCUUUAAGCCCCCUAAAGCCUCUGCAAAAGUGCAACUAUCUAUCCAAAGUAUGGAAAAUACCCCUGUAUGUAUUUAUCAGUAUCAGUUGAGCAGGUAAAAGGUAAGUGGGUCAGCUUUGAUGCACCAUAACCAUUUAUUUAGAAAAAAACUUUUCUGUUUGUCUUUCUGACAGUCUUGGUAGCCCAUCACCCAGUUAAUUCAAACUAAGCUUUACUUUUUCUUUCUACAAGAAACAAAAAAAAAAAAAGAAAAAAGGCUUUUGGAAAAACUUUGAAAGCCAUUUAUGUAUUUUAUGUAUAUUUGGAGAGAUUUUUCAAUACAGUGGUGUGCUGAAAUCUAUUUUUAUUCUUGUAUUUUGGAUUUCCAUUCGGGAAUGAAUAAAGCUCUUCUUCUUCUUCUUCUCAACACACACACUUAAACAACUAAUUAAAAGCAAAAACAACAAGUAAGUGUAGUUGAAUAACCUUGUUGGUUAAUGAGGGGCUAUGUUCUUCAUAAGUGUUGGGCCAGAGUUGGCUAUAUAUAGCUCGUUUACUAAGUCCUCGGCAGGAGAAUCUAGUUAAAAAAAAUCAACUUCAAAAACACUGUAUCAAUAUAAUAAGAAUAAAGAAAAACAUAAUCAUAUGAUUUCUGUUCCAUUCAAGUGUUUAAACAUGAUACUUGCAUUGGGCUCUGUUUUAAGAGUAACUGGUUGUUGACAAAAGAACACAUAGAGAUGUCUUAUUUUGAUCUAGAUGUCUAUGUUGCUGAGCUGAUGGUGGAGAGCAGUGUCACUCUGGACGCCGAGGCUGUGCUGUCUUCUCUGAGCACAGCAAGUUUCGUCAUAGUGACUGAUAACAGGGCUACCCACGCCAUAACCCUGGGACACAACGAGCUGGUGGCAGGUAUCGUGACUGAACGUUUUCCUAUUUGGUUAUUAUCACAGAGCAUCACAUUUCAAACACAGUUAAAGGACAUGAAUCCUGAGGGGGACAAAACAGAGGCCCACAUGUAAUACACAAUGAAUGUAAGAUGAAACAAAUGCAUCAAAGCAACUGUAAGGGCCAUUCCAGCUGGUUAAUAUGUGUGUGUGCAGGACACUAAGUUGUUCACUAGGGGUCACCUCUGUGUUUUGUGUCACAUGCCUACUUCGGUAGGAACUUUCUUCAGGUAACAGGCGUUGGUAGAUGGUGGGAGCAAAAAUUGUUUUUUGACUGUAAUGCCAGCAUGCGAGGUGGGGUGAAGUCUUGUGGAUGUUGUUGUAUUUGCUGAAUCUAUGGAUUUUGGCGGACAAUACUUCUUGGACUUUUACAUGUAAUGGGGCGCUCACACCAAGCGUGAGUAGAACCAUCUACUCACUCACAUAAAUCUUGACAUGUGAAUGAAUCGUAUUUACUCGCUUCAUUUGUGUGUCAACGGUAAUCAAGUGAUAAACUAAGGUUUUUUACAAUUUACCAGGUAAUCUGACCUCCUCACUCACUUGUCUCCAGGCGACCUUCUUUUUAUUCUAGUUUCGGCAAUUUAAAGAAAAGCUAUCAUAUAAUUCGGGGCACCCACACCACAACAUGAUCAGUUUGUCCUCCAUUUUAGAUACCAGUGAACAACCAUUCGUUUGCAUACGUCACUCGGCAACCUUCGUGCUGAUUAGUUCUCGCAACAUGAAUAUCCGUUCAAGUUCAGACAUUUUCAGCUCCCACCCAAUUUGUGUCAUUUGCACCACCAGAGUAGUAGGAGCGUCUAAUCACGUCUUUGCAUUGACUUAACAUGUAAUUCAGUCGCGCGAAUGAUUUUACUUGCGCUUGGUGUGUGGAGACAGUAACACAUCGAAGACCAGAACAGUGAGUAAUAAAAAAUUCAUAAAAUCCAAGAAGACAUCGGAUUUUUUUAUUUCACAAGAGAAAAUAAAGGGGUGCGCAGCAAGCGAGUCAAACAUGUUUGUUCAAUGUAUGCAGCCCCUCAGUGGCUUUACGUUUAAGGCUUAGUCGCACAAUAUAAGAAAACUGAUUCUUUGAUGUUUACAUUCUUACCACCUAUACUAGAUAACCCUAAUUAUUAAUCAGGAUGUUAACUAAGCAGGGCCCUUGAGUUUUUGUGUGCCCUGCCUUUAAAAUAAACAAUCACUAAUGAAAAUGUAAUUUUACAAUAAUUAAUGUAAAUGAAAAUCUAUCUGGAUUUAUGUAAAUGGAAUUGGCAAUUAAGCUUUGCUUUUUAGAGUGUCUGAUCUUUGGAGAUGAAUCAACAUGCAACUGCUCCAAGGGGUACAUUUGGAGUAGAGAAGUUUGCCAGACUUACAACUGCUGCCGCGAAGCUACCUGUGCUCAAAAUGUGGCUCACAUGACCCCGCUGUGUGUGGCCAAAGUCAAAGGUAACAUUUCUUGCAAACUGAGGUCUUUAGUUUUAUUUUUUUUAUUUUCUGGGUUUGCAGAAUUUUGUAAACAAAUUUAAUAAUUGAUCAUUAAAAAUAAAAUUACCUUAAUAACGUAUUUUUUUCAUAUGGAUGAACAGCUGGUUAAUAUUAAACCUGGAAAAAACAAAACAUCUUUUGAAAAUGCUUUGGGUGAGCAUAAGGUAACAGCAAAAUGUCAGAUAAACAUAAAUGUCUUAUGUUGAUCCAGAGGAUGUCUACGUUGCUGAGCUGAUGGUGGAGAGCAAUGACACUCUGGAGGCCGAGACUGUGCUGUCAGCUUUGAAUGGAACAAGAGACCUUGUAGUGACUGAUAACAACGGAGUGACCCACACUGUAAUCCUGGUACAUUAUGAAAUGGCAGCAGGUAUUGUGCAGGAAUUUCUUUUAUGUGGUCUUCUUCACAUCAUUUAUUUUUUUAUACAGUAAAGGGUUUAUGAGCUGAAAACACAAGAACAGGAACAUGAGGAUACUGAAACCAUACAUUUAACAGGUAAACAGGAGAAUUAUACAUAAAAAUGAUACCAAAAAUACAAAGCAAGGACAACCAUACUGGGACAACCAUAAUGUGUUUUCUGAUCAUUUGAAAUAAUCUUUUUGUGUGAUAUAAAAUGAAUUUUCUUUUCACAUAGAGAAUGGUUAUUUGAAAUAGUAAUUUAUUCUUGUAUUUUAUAUGUUUAAUGUAUGUUUCUCAUAGCAUAGGCACUAAUUUUCAAGCAUUUUAGCGUCACUUACUGCAGUAUGUAUGUUGAUACACAGGAACUGAUAAAGAUGUUUCUCUUCGUCUCACAGUGGAAAAAUACACAGAAUAAUUUUUGAAAAAGGCAAAAAAGUACAAUACAGUAUAUGCAGGUGGUGGUUUCAAUCUGCAGUAAUAAAAGUCUAUAAUAUUCAAAUGAUCAUGUUAGUAGUUGCACAUAUAUGUAUAUAUACAUAUAUAGCCUGUUCUUUAACAACUUACCUGGAGAAGCUCCUUGAUGUCUUCAGCAAACUGAGCCUUAUAAACAAGCACAGCUUUAUCAAAGGUUUGGUAUAACGACAGAAAAUUACAUCAUAAUCUGCAAGCUGUUUAUUGUUCAUUUCACUAUUUUUAAUGACGCUCCCUUUUCCACACAUAUUUCCAGUAAUAAUCAGCUAUUCCCAUCACAUGGUCAUACUGUAUCUAUAAAAUUACACACCACAUACAUAUGACUUUUCUUCUCCUUCUAGAUUCUUCAUGCUUUCUUUGUGGAAAAUCCCCCAACUCUCCAUCAUCCCCCAGUCUUCUCAACUUCAUCAAUUCCAUCAGCCGUAGACGACAACUUCAGCGUCACCUACCAGUCUCCCAACGUCUUUAAGCUUCAUCAGCUGUUUGGCGACCAUUUAGCUUCAACAAACACCUCCACAACCAGGGUUUGGACUCUGUAGAGGGAUGAAGUUUGCUGCAUGCUGAGGAUGGACACCCUUGGAAUUAUCUCAUCUCUUUUUUUCCGUAGUUCCUAAAAGUUUGAAGAUGACAAAAUCCUUGCCUUGCAGGAAUGAUUAUGUAUUUAAGUAUAUUUACUGAGCAGCAACACAACUUUUGCAAAUUCUUCAGAAGUAUAUGGGACACUGUUUCCAACAUAAGGUAGUAAGACGAAAAUUACUUUGUAAAAUAUGUCCACAGAGGAAACUAGGCUAAUUUUAAAGUAGAUGUCAUAUGAAGCUAGCUUUACAUGUCUGAUGUCAACAAGAUAACGAUUGUAUGUAUGACAUGCAAUGUAGUCAUGAAUUGGUCUAAGAAAAUAUAAGACUGGAUAUUUUAAGA